CCGGGAGCCGCCGCAGAGCUAGAAGGAAAAUGAUGAAAAUGUUACCUUUUUUCCAAAGUCCUUUUGGAAUACGCAGUGGAUCAGAGGGUUGCAUUGAUGCAAACAGGCCAUUUGAAAACACUUCACCAUCAGUAGCUGAGCAAGUCCCUGCCUGUCCUGAACCUUCUGCAGAUGAGAUCUGGUCCAGGGACCAGGAGAAGAUGAGAGAAAGGCCAGAGGCAGCCUGCAGAGCUUCACGUGCCUCUUCCAUCACGAGCAAUGAGAGCUGCAUCUCUGCCGGGGACAGCCCUGAGAAGGGGAACAAAGGAAUAAAGGGAAUGCUUAAAAGUGCAUUUAAAAUAGUUAAAAAGACCAAGCCACCCAGUGUCAAACAAGUCAUGGAUCUCCUUGGAGAGCAAAAGCUUUGUGAUGCCAUUCAACAUCUGUUUGCCCUGGAGAAGAGCCUGUCUAGCAAAAGUGAGGAGGGACUGAACACCAGUCAAAAAGACAUUGAGUCUGUCUAUGAAGUUCUGAAGCACAAAGUCUUCAGCACCUUGAAGGAUUCUGUACUGCUUGCAAAAACAAACCCAGAUCUGCUACAGCAGGCAGUGGAGGCUCUGAAAGAACAGGAGAAAGAAGAUCAGAACUACAUGUCAGAGAAUCCACCGGACCAAAAUAUGCAAUUUAGACCUAGAAAAUGGAAAGAGCUCUGGAUGGCUACAGUAAAGGAGUCGGUAGAGGCUCGAAUGAAAGACACAAGCCGUACUCCUAGAACUGAGAACCUCUCUGCAGUUGGCCAGAACCUCCUGCACAUGGGAAAGACAAUGAAAGAAGAUUUGACAGUGGUUGCCAAGUAUAUUAAUAAGCUUUAUCCUCCCGAGUUUAAUGUGUUCAGCACAUAUGCAGAACUCUACCACAAUUAUUUUGCCUCCCAGGCAAAGAAAAAUGCUGAGUCUCAUCUGGAAGACAAGGAUAUUUACCUUCUUCUCUCAUGGGUGCACAAUUUUUAUCCAAAAGACAUGAGGAAAGAUCAUGCUUUAGCCAUGGAGUUGGAUAAAGUUAAGCUUGGAAGCCUUUUGCCUUCAAGUCUGAGCAAAGAGCUUGAAAAUAAAUACCUUGACAGUGAAGAGGUUACUGUCAAAAAUUCACUGAGCAGAUGUUUAGAUAAAGAAAUCCAAAGAUGGAAAGAAGACAAGGAACCAGAGAAGCUAAAUGGACAUUUUCAGAGUGAACUGCUAGGAAUAUUUGUUAUCCAGAGUAUCUACAGCAGCCAGAAGCGAGCUGAGGACAUCAGCAAAGCUGUGGGUGAGGAGCUGUCCCGUCGGCUGCUGAAGGAGCUGCCAGCCUUCCUGAGGAGCUACAGGGAUGCCUUUGAAGACUUCAAGGAAAAAAGCAAGAAGCACACAUACUACAAGCCUAUACUGAUUGCAAAUAUUAACAACUGCUGCAAUUUUAGAGACUACACAGAGAAAUACGUGGCAGAAAAGGAGGACAGUAAAGCCGAUAUCCUCAGCACUCUCGCUGAUAUUGAAAACAGCGGCUUUGAUGUGCUGCUCCAACAGCUCUUUGCCCAGCUGAAGCCAAUGUACAAGAAGUUUACAGAGAAUAAGUGGGAUUCCAGCAGUGAAAUUAUGAAUGAGAUCAUUAAAACCACCAGCAAACAUAUUUCAGACUUCAAGACCUUAAAGGACCCGUUUUACCAUGCUAUUGUUGAGAAGAUCCAUGCCCGUUUGGUUAAAGAGUACAUUGUGAGGCUGCUGAAGAGGAAGGUCAGCCUGAAAACUCCAGCACAGCAGCAAACUCUGGCCCAACACAUCUCCAAGAAUGCUGCUGACCUGGAAGCCUUCUGCACCAGCAAUGGAUCUCAAGCCACGUGGCUGAAUUCAGCACUCCCCAAACUGGCUGAAAUAAUCCGACUUCAGGAUUUAGGUGCUAUUAAAAUUGAAGUUGCAACACUCGCCACAACGUACCCAGACAUCCGCAAAAGGCACCUGGAAGCGUUCCUGCACAUCAAAGCCAAUUUGUCACGCAGCGAACUCAAGAGCAUCCUGGGCUACUUGGCAGACAGCACAGCAUCCACACAGCCCAGGGCCCCGCUCUUCUCCAGCAUCAACGUGUCCUAG